AUGCUUGGGUAUGUCAAAACAAUUAAGGAUGGAUGGCCUUUUAAUCAUAUCAAGUCAAGUCUGUUGGGAUCCACAUCGGAUUCAAAUCUCAACAAAUACAGUACAAUCAACAAAAUUCCUCAACUCACCCUGAACUUUUCUGAUAUCAAAAGUGAAAAAAAAUCUUCAUCUCCUCCUUCUUCAGACAAAACAAUUAUUGCACCUAAGGUGAAAGACCGAACGCACAAUGUAACAGAGAAGGUUACCCAGGUUCUAUCCUUAGGAGCUGAUGUGCUACCAGAAUAUAAACUCCAGACACCUCGCAUCAACAAGUUUACUAUAUUGCACUAUAGCCCUUUCAAAGCUGUCUGGGACUGGCUUAUUUUGUUGCUGGUAAUAUACACGGCCAUAUUCACCCCUUACUCUGCUGCUUUCCUCCUGAAUGACAGUGAAGAACGGAAGAGAAGAGAGUGUGGAUAUUCUUGCAGCCCACUGAAUGUGGUAGACUUAAUUGUGGAUAUUAUGUUUAUCAUUGACAUUCUAAUAAACUUCAGAACGACAUAUGUAAAUCAAAAUGAAGAAGUGGUAAGUGACCCAGCAAAAAUAGCAAUUCACUACUUCAAAGGCUGGUUCCUAAUUGACAUGGUUGCUGCAAUACCUUUUGACCUGCUCAUUUUUGGCUCUGGCUCUGAAGAGACAACAACAUUAAUAGGUCUUCUGAAGACUGCUAGACUGCUGCGUUUGGUGAGGGUAGCACGGAAACUGGACAGAUAUUCAGAAUAUGGUGCUGCAGUUCUGAUGCUCCUCAUGUGCAUAUUUGCACUAAUUGCACACUGGCUUGCUUGCAUUUGGUAUGCCAUUGGAAAUGUAGAAAGACCUUACUUGGCUCAUAAGAUUGGUUGGCUGGACUCUCUGGGAGAACAAUUAGGAAAGCAUUACAAUAAAAGUGAUGCAAGCUCCGGACCAUCCAUCAAGGACAAAUAUGUUACAGCACUUUAUUUUACCUUCAGCAGUCUGACAAGUGUAGGAUUUGGAAAUGUGUCUCCAAACACCAACUCAGAAAAAAUCUUUUCCAUUUGUGUCAUGUUGAUUGGCUCAUUAAUGUACGCGAGUAUUUUUGGAAAUGUAUCUGCAAUAAUCCAGAGGCUCUAUUCGGGAACUGCACGGUAUCACAUGCAGAUGCUGCGAGUAAAGGAGUUUAUUCGCUUUCAUCAAAUCCCUAAUCCUUUGCGGCAACGACUUGAGGAAUACUUCCAGCAUGCCUGGACAUACACCAAUGGCAUUGACAUGAACAUGGUCCUGAAGGGGUUUCCAGAAUGCUUACAAGCCGACAUUUGUCUGCAUCUCAACCAAAAUUUGCUUCAGAAUUGCAAAGCUUUCCGGGGAGCCAGUAAAGGCUGCCUUCGAGCUUUGGCUAUGAAAUUUAAGACAACACAUGCACCUCCUGGAGACACUUUAGUGCACUGUGGAGAUGUUCUCACUGCUCUUUACUUUGUGUCCAGGGGCUCCAUUGAAAUCCUUAAGAGUGACAUUGUUGUGGCCAUUCUUGGGAAAAACGAUAUCUUUGGAGAGAUGGUACAUCUUUAUGCAAAACCAGGAAAGUCAAAUGCAGAUGUGAGAGCUUUAACAUAUUGUGACUUGCAUAAGAUCCAACGAGAGGACCUCCUAGAAGUCCUGGAUAUGUACCCUGAAUUUUCUGAUCUCUUCCUCACCAAUCUAGAAUUGACUUUUAAUCUGAGAGAUGAAAGCGCAAAGUCUGACCUCGUAAUAAGAUCACAAACUACUAAUGAUUCGGAUGGAGAUAACUGCAAACUACGAAGACGGAAAUUGUCCUUUCAAAGUGAAAUAGAGAAAGGUUAUUUCAAUGAGGAUAAUCGAAGUGAUCCUGAACACUCAGGGGACAACACCAGGUAUUAUCAAUCUACCAAGAAACACUUUGAAGAGAAAAGAAGUGGGUCGUCAUCCUUUGUGUCGUCCAUUGAAGAUGAGCAAAAACCCCUGUUCUCUGGGAUAGCUGAUUAUCCAUCUGUAACAGGGAAAACCACCGAGGUUGACAUUGAGGAAAUGGUUCAUGAAGCAGAAGAUAUCCUUAUUGACAAAAGAAGCGAUUCUUGCAAAGAUAUCACUGACAAAAGAAACUGGGAGCAGGAGACCAUCAGGGAGUACCAGGAGUCCCCGAGUCGGUCAGCGUUGCCCCAUGUUACGUGGGGCAUCUGCGAAACCGAAAGCGACUUUAUAUACGGGGAAGUCGAAAAUCGGUUAGAUUUACUUCAAGAACAGCUCAACAGGCUUGAAUCCCAAAUGACUGCUGAUAUUCAAACCAUCCUGCAGCUUCUGCAAAGGCAGUCGACACUCAUCCCCCCCGCCUACAGCAUGGUGGCUGCAGGUGUGGAGUAUCAACAACCAGCUAUCCGGGUGAUACAAAAACUUCAUCCUGUAGCAUCCAUUAAGACAGACAGAAGUUUCAGUCCUUCAUCUCAGUGUCCUGAAUUUCUAGACCUCGAAAAAUCAAAACUUAAAUCCAAAGAAUCCCUCUCAAGUGGAGUGCAUCUUAACACUGCAUCAGAGGACAACCUGGCUUCUCUUUUAGACCAAGAACGUGAGCGGGCUGUGGAGUGUCCCCCCCAGCACUACAGAACAACUUACCUCCAUCCCAUCAGGCACCCUUCCUUGCCAGAGUCUUCACUAAGCACUGUAGGAAUCUUGAGUCUUCAUAGGCAUGUUUCUGAUCCUGGUCUUCCUGGGAAAUAGUACUUUUAUACUAUUAUUUCACAUAAAAAUGUAAGUGCUUUUAAUGGCUGUUUUUCCUUUUUUUGUAUUAAAAUCCUCUAUACUUGACUCAGGGGCUACAAGGAAUUAACCAUUAUAUGCAAAAGUACUGUAUAUUUUCCUAAAUCUGAAGCUUGUAAGGUAAAAUUGAGCACUUCUGAUGUAAAUAUAUAUAUAUACACACACACACAGACACACUAACUGUACGUUCCAAAUGUAAAACUGCCAGCAUUCUCAAGGCACCUUAUAUUUUUAUUUUUUUUUAAAUAUGUGCAUGUUCUGGAAUUACAGCUUACGUUGCAUGGAGAUUACCAUUUACAGCUUUCACAGAAAUAGUACUUUAUUGUGGGUAUGUCUUCAGAGCAAAUAAGAAAUCAAUUGAUAACAAUAAUUCACAUAGAAAAGACUCCUACUUGACAAAGCUACUCUGAAACUUAAGUAAAAUCUUCUAGCUCACUUUUGAAAAUUUAGUUAUAGUGAGCUUUUUAUAGUCAAUGGUAACGAUUCUGCAUCUGGAGAAAGAAUAAGGUAACAAAGUCUUCUGGGUUCAUAAGCCACAGAAAGCAGCAUCCUUCAAAACUUGUUGAAAUAGGACAAUAUUUUAAUGAACAAACUUGGCCAUGUCCUGGAAAAUACCACAUUCACAGAAACACAUUAAUUGAAUAGUUUGUUUCAGUACUUAUUUUUCGUUCUUUUAAUUCUCAUCAUAGAAGUUAGCUGUCAUGAGCAGGCAGGCAUUUUUCAUGUCACAUAAUCAAAUGCAAUAAAUCUAAUUUAUAUAUAAUGCAGAAGACUGUGUUCCUUUUGUUUAAUACAAAUUCUUAAGAAACUGUAUAAUUAAAAAAAUGCUUUAUAAAUUUUUGGUUUAUAAUUAUCACAGUUGUUGUUUGCAGUUAUCUCUUCUGACUGACUGGUCCCUCCACAAAGAUCCAAGAUGGAGUACGCAGACACA